AUGAAUGAAAUUAUUCAGUACUUAAUAGGUCCAAUUGGAAUAUCAUUUUUACUAUCGUUAUCUGCUUAUGGUUCUUGUGAUGGUAUGGCUAAUUGUGGUGCUUCAAGUACACUAUAUAGUGAUAAACCUAUGAUUGUAACUCACUCCUAUGUAUCUAUGAUUAUGGUAUCUACAGUAUUCUUCUAUGCAUUUAUUAUAGGCAUUAUAGUUAUGAACAAGAUUGAUAAUAAUUAUACUUUUAUUAAAUCUAUUUGGGAUUUGAUAGCUUGUUUGCUGUUUGGUUGUAUAGGUUUAGUUGGUGGUAAAUCAAUGGGAUUGGUAUCAAAAUUGUGUUUUAGAAGAAUUGUUCAAAAACCAGAGUUCUUUAUUUCUUUUUUAUUUUCUUUAGCUUCAUUAGAAGUUACUCUUAUUUUAGCUUUUUUAAUCAGUCUAUUAAUCAUUUAUAAACACUAA